GCGGCGGGCGGGAGCCGGGGCGGGAUGGGGGCACGGGAGUGAGCGGGCCGAGGGGCCACGGAGCCGGAGGGAGCCGAGGGAGCGGCAGGAGGAGAGCUGCAGGUUAACAAGACUUUGGGCAGUAUGGAGCAGGGCUUAGAAAUGUUUCAGGAACAGACUCACUCUAAAGCCUCUUCAUGUGAAGCUGAACUUCAGGACUUAGUGCAUCAAGUUGACAUCAUAGUAAACAGCAAGAAAAUAGAAUGGGAAAGGAAGAUGAAAGCUUUUGAAGAACAGAUGGAUAUCCAGCAUCAAGAAUUAGCAAGUGCCCAAAGCAAAUUGGAACAAAAGGGUCAAGAGGUGGAACUACUUUCUCAGCAACUGGAAAACUUAAAGAAAACUAAUUAUGAAAUGGCUCAGAAUUACAAAACUCAGCUCUGUGCACUUAAAUCUCAAUUUUCAAAGCUGACACAUAGUUAUGAAAAGCUUUUAAAACAAAAAAAUCUUCAAAGUAGAGAAAAAAGUGAAGGAAGCCUGGAGACAUCAUUUGAACUGCGCAAUUUAAACAAGAAACUGGAGGAAUUUAAAGCAAAAUCGAGAGAAUGGGAUAAGAAAGGGACAAUCUGCCAAAAUCAUCUCAUUUAUUUAGACACUCAGCAAAAAUUAUUGUCUGAGCAAUGUAAUUUGUUUCAGAAGCAAACCUGGAGUAGUCAAUUCCAGAUAAGCGAUAAGAAACAAAACCAGGAAGAGAUUGUUAAAUAUGGCCAGACUGAAAGAGAAAUGGAUGGGUUAAUUGUUGAAAAGCUAAGGGCAGCAGUGAAUGAAAUGACAAUAAGCAGGAAUAGACUAGAAGAGGAAAAUCUGAAACUCCAUGAGGAUCUAAAAAUGUUCCAAAACCAGUUCCAGAACAUAGAGACAAGCUUUUCAGAGAUGAGAAAUGAGCUGCAAUCACAGGAUGCUCUCUGGAAGAAGAUACAACUGGAAUGCCAACAGUUGUGUGCAGAAUUACUGAAAAUCAAAGAGCAUAACGAUAAGCAGGAAAUGCAUCCAUCAUCCUUUGUACAACUGAAUGAGAAAUCAGAAAAUAAAAGUGCUGGUUUCUUACUACAGGCAAAGAGUCAAGAAAACCAACGAGAAGGGCUGAGCAAGAUAAGAAACCAUCUUUAUCAAGAGGAGCCGUCCCACUGCUCUGAGCAGGAAAGAAUAAGGACAGAAAUCUCCGACCUGACAGAAGAGCUUCAUCAGAAAGAGAUCACUAUAGCAACUAUCAUGGAGAAAGCAGGUCUUCUGGAAAGACAGCUAAAAACAGAGUUACAGAUAAAAGACAAACUGUUAGCAAAACAACAGUUGCUGAAUUUCAGGUACAAAGUUACCAAAUCUGAAAACACACCUCUAAAAGAGAUGGUGGAAAAUCAGAAGUAUAAAACUUGCACGAGUAUCGAUUUAUCUCACAAAAAACAUGGAGAUUUCACAGCUUCUAUUCACAAACUGGAACAUGAGAAUGCAAGAUUACAAAACGGGCUUGUUAAACUGCAGAAUCGCACAGAAACAUCGAUGCUGGGUGCCACGGAUAAACAUGGAGAAACAGAGCAAAGCCACCAAACCCAUUCAAAGAUGCAAGAAAAGGAAGAGAGAACUUUCCAAAAUGAAGAUGAAAAGCAUAUGAAACUUCAGCAGACUGCUAUAUCCACAGUCAGUGGAUACCAUAGAAACCGUAGUCCUACUUCACAUGGCCAAGGUGAUAUCAUUGGUUCCAAGCGCAAUGGCCCUUUAUCUUAUCACAAACUUGACAGAGGUCGUGAAAUGGAACUAGAUGAUAAAUCUCCAUCACCAACAACAGAAUAUCCUUUGUGUUCUGGUGGACUGUUUCCUGAAAAAGGCAGAACAGGCACUUUAUUAAGCCAUGCUUACAAUACAGAAGAAAUCAAAUUAUCGGCACAGAAAGUAAAGGUAAUGCAGAACAGAGUGAAAGAACAGAUCAGAGCCUUGGAAAGCAAAGCUUACUUGCCUUCUCCUGAGACAUCCCUCCUUGCAACAACAGAGAAGUUCCUUCAAGAGGAAGAGAAACAUACCAAAGAGUUUGAAGAACGCUUAAAUUCACACCUUGAAGAACUGCAAAGACUUUCUGAAAACACUCUUAAAAAACACACCAAGCUACAGCAAAGCAAUUUCACAGAGCAAAACACCGAGUUACAGCUGACCUCAGUUUUCCUGCCGAUGCCUGUUUGGGACAUGGGGCCGCUGAAAGCCUUUGGGAGCUUUUUCACACCGAGUCACCAGGGAAAAGCCACCAUUUCUUUGCAGAGUGAGACAGUUUCUCUUGGAAACACGAAAGCUCUAACUUCCCCACGAGGCUGCUCCCCAGCACCAGAGCUGCAGUACAAGAGCUGUAGCGCCAGAAGUAGAUUCAGACCCCAAUGUUAGAUAUGAGAGCAUUCAGAAAUAGCACUUCUCUGCUGCUGAGAGUGAAGAAGGGAUUUCUUGCCCUUUGUUUUCCAGUGCAAGUGUAAUGGAAAAGAAAACGUGGUUUUCCUCAAACUAAUCUGGACUGGAGGACGAAGAGCGACUAAGAAAAGCGAUGGACAAAGAGAUAAACAGACCACAUAUACAGAGAGAGAACCAGGCAGUGGCUUAGCAGAGCUUCUCACUACUCACCAACCCAGCACCUGGAUACACAAAAUAAUCCAAGGGCAGAAACCCCUUCACCAUGGGCUGUCCAAAACCCCAUGCUGAAAGAUUCAACAGCUCACUUGGUGCCUUUGGAGGCAAACAAGAGAGACAACACACAUCACCUCCUGCACAAUUCAGAACUUCUUUCCUACAAAGGGCCAGAGAGGUCAGUAGAUGUCUAGACGUAUUCCUCCCAUAACCCGGAUCCAUCAGCCACUGCUUAUCCCUCCGUGCAGCAGAGACGUGAGAUUUUCUGCAGCAAUUAACCAAGCCUUGAAGCCAGAGCUACAGCGGCAAUGCCCGCAUCUGAGAAGGGAAAAGGAACAGCACUGCCCUUUCCUACUGUCCCCAGAUGCCUGCCAUCUCACCUCCCUUGAGGCCAUGCUAAUGAUUCAAACAACUGGAGAGGGCAGCAACAGGUCAAAACUGUCCAAAAACAUCUGAAUAGAAGUAACACAAGAUUCAUAUAUCUCAGAAUAACCACCACAGAAUGGAAUACAAAUCAUUUUGCAUUGGCAAAGUCUGCACUAACGUGGUGGAGCUCAAAAAAUGUACAGCACUUAAAAACAGCGAGGGCAGUGGCAGCCCAAAUUCCUCUCCUUCAAGUAAAAGGAAAGACAGAAGAUGGUCAAAGACUGAUGGGAAGCAACAACUACCAGCAGGAAAUGCUUUGAAAAGAUACAGAACUACUUAGGUGUGAGAAGAAUCGAAGAGGAAGGAAGCAAAAGAUGUUCACUUCCAGCGUGGCCGCCUGCCUCAGCUGCUACUGCAGUGCUUGGCGGGCUCCAGGCCACUCCACAGACACGAGCAUCUCUGUACACAGGGCAGGCUGCAGAUCUGUAUUUUAUGAGACGUGCAGCUGCUGUUAGAAUUACUCUUCCUGAUACUCCCUUUUUCAAGAGAAAAUCAAUGUAGACUUCGCAGGCCAUCACAUUAACUAAAGCUACUUCUGAAAUAGAAUUUUGGGCGGUGAAUACAACAACUAUGGAUUUGUUUUAAGCCACAGAAGAUCACAGAGAUGAAUACUGCUACAGCAAACACACUCUGCUGUCUGACGGCACUCCUGGACCAAACACUGCGCCCUUAGAGCUGCUUUCACACAACGCACGCUCUCUCCCUCUUGUCGCGCAUUACCGCCUGCGUGACACUUCCAGACCUCACAAGGAGUUCUGCUGAAUGAGAGGCCGACAGAACAGAACAAGUCGGUGUCAGGUUCAACACUGAAGAGGAUUUUAACAUUUAUUACAGGGUAUCACUUUGACUCUUGAUGUUAUACGUGGCUGAGAUGAACGUACUCCUGGCAGAGCUGCAUGAAAAGGCACCUCUCCAGAAGGGGCGACAGCACCAUUACCAGACAAGCCACCAGUCAGAGCUGGGCAGAAUUUUGAGCUCAUCUGGAAAGCAGACAGCUAAUAGGAUUUCUUAAAGGGCUUCUCCCAGUUUCACUGGGGCUGAUGCACACUGUAUGCAGGAUUCCAAGGGAUUUUCUCCCCACACAGUGCCCAGCGUUCCAUACAGCGUGCCAUUAUCAUCUUGCCAUUAUCAUCUUGCCUCAUGCUUACAUAACAUACCAGACGGAAAGCCUCAAGUCACAUGAACAGUCACAAAGAGGUUAAUCAUUAAAUGCAAGCUUUUCUAGGGCAGCAACAGAGCUGACCUCUUGAAUAAAUUGAGCUCAGAUAAGGUAGCAUCGAUUUUCCUAAAGAGGUUUCAUUACUUAACUCUAGAUUGUGAUUUCUUUUGACAGUCUAAAGUCAAGAGUAAAUCCAAAUGCUUUUCCUACCCAAACAGCAACCAACUCAUUUGGCAUGCAGAGAAUAUGACAGACCUCCCUCCCCUUCCCUGCUCUCUCCUCUCCGAGAGAAAUUGAACUUCACAGACCUUCAGACCUCACAGAAAAAAAACAACAAAAAAAGCACCUUUUAAGAACCCUCAUCUUUAUUCCUUCCAGCACUGAAAGCCCAAUGCAGAUUGUCUCCCAACUACUUUUAUCUCUGCAUUUUUCUUAACGCUUCCUUAGAAAAGAGUUUCUUCAGCGCACAGGUGAAUCAUUUCCAUUUGGUGCAAGGAGCCCCAGCCAGAUAAAAGAAACCAAGAAGGCAUUUGGAUACACCACACAACCUCUUAAUCUUUCUGAUUAAUUUCCUGCUUUAGGUCGCUGUGCUUCCUAUUUUCAUGUUUAAGAAGAAAGCUGUCCAUCACAAGCUUCUCCAUUAAACAGAAGAGCUGCUUCUCUACUUUGUUCAAGGAGGAUACGAAGCAUCCAUAAAAGCAAAGUGAUUUGUUUCCGCUUUCCCUCAGGUACCCUGAAAUGUUUACUGAGCCACAGCCAGCGCAUCCUUGACCAACAGGGCAUCCAACAGGCUCAGGGCUGUGCUAACUUUCUGAACUCACCGUUCUGAUUCACAGCCCUGAGAUUGUGAGACUUACCCAUGUAACGUGUAAGAAAAACACAAGCACUUGCAAAUCUUUUGGAGAAAAGGGAUGUGGUUUCUAACUCUCCUGUUUUGAAAGCUUUGCCUCUUCCACAGUUAAAUCUGCCCCUAAGCAGCCAUCACUGACUGCAUUCACUUGGAAUUUUUAUGUAAACAAGUGCUGGAAUAUGAAAUGCGGUCAAAAGGAGGAUAUCAAAUCACAGGAUAUAUACAUUCCACAGCCUGUACGCGUCUCCACGGAGAGCGAGAACACAAAAAUAACUGAACGUGGAAAAGAAAGGAAAGCAGACAAGAACGUGGAACCUUUUUGCUUAAGGUCCCUCGUGCCCUGAGAAUGUAUUAAAUGAUGUUCGAGCACCUGAAUUGCUGAGAAUUACUUCAGAGAUGGCUCCUGUUGCAGCUUUUUCUGCUGGAAUAUUUCACUCUGGCUGUCAGCCAAAUCUUCACAACACUGAUGCCAAAUAAACGAUACCCAAUUUCAACGACA